UCAUAGCACACCCCAUUCACGCUCUCCAACCUCACACCCUGAUGGCAGGAUCCCCAGACCCCCACCUCCCUCCAUCCUCCCUGACGGUGCUUCUGAUCCCUGUUCCCGCUACCUAGAACCUGCAUCCCAUUUACUGGGAACAGUCUAAUGCCCCUAGGAGCAUGUUGGGGGCUCUGCUCCUGGGAGCCUUCACUGCCUCCUCACCUCCUUGUCCUGCUGAGGUGCCCUCUUCCCCGCUCCUCCCAAGACCCUGCGCAUCCAUCCCACUAAAUGAUAAGGUUCUCUUCUGCACACUGUAGGAAACUGGAUUCUCUAUGACAGUUGUUUCUUGCAUAGCCAGUCUGGUUUCCUCCCUUUUCAUAUUUAAGAUAGGACCGUGAAUAAAAUACGUUGAGUCAGAUUUAGUGUGGGAGUGCCCCCGAAAGGACCUGUUCACCGCAGGAUGUCCCGCGCCUCGCACAAUGUCGGCUUGGCACACGGUGGACCAUUUAAAUGAAUACAUGACGAGCGGCUGAACGAUGAAUGAAUAAAUGGUUUGCCCGCACCCUUUCAGGACUGGGUGGGCGGUCACGACCAGGGCACGUCCGGGACACAGAUGGAGAGCGCGGGCACCACUCGGCGCUCCGUGGGGAGGGGGCGCUGCAGGGCGGCGGCGCCAGGGCCGCAGGGCUCGGCCGGAGGGCCUCUGCGGCCCGGGACCGAGGGUGGCCCGCGAGGGGUCGGGCUUGCCCGGGGACCCCGCGCCACGACUCUGCGCGAAUUUCGCUUUCGCUUUGGGCCGGCUGGAGGCGGCGGGGCCGUCCCCAGAACGGCUGCGGCCGGGCACCGCGGAGUUAAUCCGAAAGCGCCUCAAACCCCGCGGGCCGAACUCCACGUGUCACCGAGAAGCUGAUGUAGAGAGAGACAGAGAGAGAAAGCAAGCAGGAGCCCAGAGUCCCGGGAAAGUCCUGCCGCGCCUCGGGGCAAUUAUAAAAAUGGGACCCCCCGGGCCGGCCUCCCACCACCGCCCUCACCUGCUGCGCCCUCAGUCCGCGUCCAGCGCCGGCCCGGGGUCCACGCAGUGCCCGCUCAGCAUGUGCCCGCCGCGCGGCCUCCUCCUCGUGACCAUCCUGGUCCUCCUAACCCACCUGGACCACCUCAGUUUGGCCAGGAGCCUCCCCCCAGCCUCCCCAAGCCCAGGAAUGUUCCUGUGCCUCAACCACUCCCAAAACCUGCUGAGAGCCGUCAGCAACUCGCUUCAGAAGGCCAGACAAACUCUAGAACUUUACUCCUGCACUUCUGAAGAGAUUGAUCAUGAAGACAUGACAAAGGAUAAAACCAGCACAGUGGAGGCCUGCUUACCGUUGGAAUUAACCAUGAAUGAGAGUUGCCUGGCUUCCAGAGAGAUCUCUUUGAUAACUAAUGGGAGUUGCCUGGCAUCCAGAAAGGCCUCUUUUAUGACAAUCCUGUGCCUCAGCAGCAUCUAUGAGGACUUGAAGAUGUACCAGGUGGAGUUCAAGGCCAUUAACGCAAAGCUUCUAAUGGAUCCUAAGAGGCAGAUCUUUCUGGAUCAAAACAUGCUGACAGCUAUUGAUGACCUGUUACAGGCCCUGAAUUUCAACAGUGUGACUGUGCCACAGAAAUCCUCCCUUGAAGAACCGGAUUUUUAUAAAACUAAAAUCAAGCUCUGCAUACUUCUUCAUGCUUUCAGAAUUCGGGCGGUGACCAUCGAUAGAAUGAUGAGCUAUCUGAAUUCUUCCUAAAAAGCUGAGGUCCCUCCCGAUCUUAAAGGCAUUCUUAAAAAAAUGUGAACCAAAAAAAUUUUUGAUAGGCUGUGGGUUAAGAACCAGGGAGGGGGUGGCUUGACCUGGUCCUACUUAAGCUAGUACAAUAAUUCUCAUGCUUGUUUACAUUAGUUGUCCCCCAAAAUCUGAAAGAUGUGACUGUUCUAUCCACAGGCUGCCUUUGAUCAAGUAGAUUUCACAUUUACUAUGGAUAAGUUGUUUUUAAGUUUUCAUGAGCAAAUUGCUAACGAGGGAAAAUGUCCUCGGUGAACAUGUUUUUCUUUUCCCUUUAAUAGAAGAGCAAGAAUUUAUAAGCUAUUUCUGUACCAAAGUGUUUGUAGAAACAAACACUCAAGCAUAAUUUAUUUUAAAAUACUUAUUUAUAUAAUUUUGUGUUCAUGAAGGCAUGUGAAUUAACUUAUAUUUAUUUAUGUUAUAUUUAUUAAAGUAUUUAUUAUCAAAUGGA